AUGACUUCGUUGAAUUACCUAGACAUCUCAGAUAAUAGUUUAUCGGCGAGAAUCCCAUCUAGCACACAAAUCCAGUCCUUUGAACAGUCCUUUGAACAUUCAAGAUACGAUGGAAAUUUAAAGCUAUGUGGACCUCCCCUUACCAAAAAAUGUCCAGGGGAUGAAGAAACGGAAUCAACAUCGGUGGUUGGUAAAAGUGAGAGUGAUGGGGAAGACAUAUAUGAACUUGAGCGAUGGUUCUUUAUUGGUGGUGCAACUGGUUUUGCUACUGGAUUUUGGAUAGCAUGUGGCACUUUACUUCUCAAUUGUCGUGUGAGACAUGCUCUUUUUUUGUUCCUUGAUUGCUUCAAAGAUUGGGUUUAUGUAAGGGUAGUUGUGUUCAUUGCAAUGUUGCAAAGGUUUGCCCAUGCAUAG